AUGUCAUCGACGACGUCUGGCCUACCUGUGCUCGACCAGCAACCCCAGGCAACUGCUCCUCCGACUGUCCCACCCGCGUCUUCGUCCUCAAGGUUCGCUCCACUGAAAGAGCGUGCACAGCGUAUCAAGAAGAAAGUGACGAGCCGCGAUGGGUGGAUGGGCGAUUAUGACUAUGCUUGGCUAUGCUCACCCACACUGCCUUUCAUGAAGCAGGAGCGAAGGAACCCUCCGUUCUACGCUCUUGAAGACGACCUGCCCCUAAUCCUGGGGAUGUCCAGUGGCCUGCAGCACGCGCUGGCGAUGCUGGCUGGUCUUAUCACACCACCCAUCAUCUUUGCGUCUGCCCUCAACCUCGAUGCCGCGACGUCCUCGUACAUGAUAUCAGCUUCUUUAAUCGCUUGUGGCAUCAUGAGCACGGUCCAAAUGUCCCAUAUUCACCUUUUCAAGGGGUAUUAUAUUGGUACUGGUCUACUGAGUGUGGUGGGAACCAGUUUUGCGACACUGUCUACUGCAAAUGCUAUUUUCGACGCGAUGUACAGGAACGGUACAUGUCCGACGACAGUAGGGGCCGAUGGCAUUGUCACUCGACUUGCUUGCCCAGACGCGUAUGGAAUGGUUCUUGGAACGUCUCUAAUUUGCUCGUUCCUGGAGAUCUUCAUGUCGUUCUGCUCUCCCAGGGUUCUUAAGCGCCUAUUUCCACCUAUUGUGACCGGAACCGUGAUUUUAAUGAUUGGCGCUUCGCUCAUUGGAGAGUCGGGUGCGGCGAACUGGGGCGGAGGCUCGAACAACUGCCAAACUCACCCUGAGACUGGUAUCUUCCGACUGUGCCCUACAAUUUUCGCUCCAAGACCGCUCCCUUGGGGAUCUCCCGAAUUUAUCGGCCUUGGAUUCCUGUCUUUCUCCACCAUCAUAAUCGUUGAGAUGUUUGGCUCGCCAUUCAUGAAGAACAUCAGUAUUAUCAUUGGGCUAAUUGUGGGGUGCAUCGUUGCUGGUGCUGCCGGCUACAUGAGCGAUUCGACGAUUAGGAGUGCUCCUGCUAUCACUUUCUUGUGGGUGCAUCGAUUCAAGCUCAACGUCUAUCCUCCGGCAAUCCUACCUAUGCUUGCAGUCUAUGUGUCCCUCGCUAUGGAAGCUAUUGGUGAUAUCACUGCGUCUGCUGAAGUCUCGCGCCAGCCAGUCGUCGGUGACGUCUUCGACUCGCGCAUCCAAGGUGGCAUCCUCGGAGACGGCAUCAGCGGCUUUAUGUCCGCUCUCUUCACCGUCACCCCGCUCUCUACGUUCGCCCAGAAUAACGGCGUCAUUGCCAUCACGCGCUGUGCGAACCGCGGUGCAGGCCGGUGGUGCUGCUUCUUCCUCAUCUUGUUCGGCGUGCUGGGUAAGCUCUCGGGCGUGUUCCUCGCAAUACCCAAUCCGGUACUUGGAGGUGUGACGACGUUCCUUUUCGCCAACGUCGCAGCGUCGGGUGUGCGUGUGCUUUCGAGCGUCCAUUUCACGCGUCGCGAGAGGUUCAUCCUCGCUGCGGCACUGGCGUUCGGGUUUGGCAACCUCCUGAAGGAGGAGCUUUUUGAACACCUCUUUGACGGGGUUGACAACCCGAAUAGUGGAUUGAAGGGGCUAUUUGAUUCUAUUACGAUCGUGUUGAGCACUCCUUUCCUGUCCGCCGGUGUUGUAGCUGCUGUCCUGAAUCUUCUCCUUCCUCAAGAUAUACCAGAUUCAGCUGAUGGAGAUGACAGCUCUAUAGAACGCGAACAUAUCGAUGUUGAAUCCCAGGAGAAGAAGAUGUGA